GCAUCCUUCAACCGUCACAAGAGUGCUGUCGGGCAGCCUGCCAAGGGGUUCCAUAGGCUGAACAGUCCUCCAAUACGCUGAACGGUCCUUCAAUAGGCUGAACAGACCCUUUGAAGCGGUUCAGCAGGCAGUGUAGACGGUGUGCCCGUUGAUAAGAUAACGUUAGGGUAUUAAUGGCUGGCCUGCACAUGCUCUGUGCAGACCAAUUCAUACCCCCAGACUAUUUAAAGAAGGCAAACUGGGUACUGGAGUAGUUACUUGUUCUUCUUUCUGGCUAAGUAUUCAUAAUGCAAGCUAGAAUCAUUGUGGCUACUGUUUUGAUAAACGUUGGUUUGGUUAUGGGAUUGGUCAUCCCUGACUUGAAGACUCUCUUAAGCUUUGACCAGUUGCUCACUCAUAUUGAUAAGGUUGAGCCUUCCAAGCAAGACUACGGUCAAGGAGUGUUGAAGGAAGACGCAAUGGCACCAAUCUUGAGUAAAGUUAGUGCUGAUAGAAUUGUUCCUAACAGAUAUAUUGUUGUGUUCAAGGAUGGUUUAAGUACGGCCCAGGUUCAAGACCACCAGCAAUGGAUUAAUGUGCAUCAUGCUAGUAUGGUCAAGGACAUGAAGAUUGAGUCGGGACAAUCUGCGCUUCUGUUUUUCAAUAUUGGGGAAUCUUUUGGUGGUUACUUUGGUUAUUUCAAUGACGAAUUGAUCAAGUUGAUUCAGCUGAAUCCGUUUGUUAAGUUUAUUGAGCGUGAUGCUAUCAUGCAAGUUGAUGAAUUUGAUAUUCAAAAGGAAGCCACUUGGGGGUUGGCUAGAUUGAGUCAGCGUGAGCUUUCUCCUUCUACCGACUUUUUGUAUGAUAACGACGGUGGUGAAGGGGUCACGGCUUACGUUAUCGAUACCGGGAUUAAGGUUGAGCACUCUGAGUUUGAAGGCCGUGCUUCUUGGGGUGACGCGGUUCCUUUCCCUCAUAUCAAGUUCGAUGGCCAUGGCCAUGGUACCCAUUGUGCUGGUAUCAUUGGAUCCAAAACUUAUGGUGUUGCUAAAAAAGUCGAAUUGGUUGCUGUGGGGGUUAUGAAUGCUUUGGGUUCCGGUACUACUUCCGAUAUCAUCAAGGGUAUUGAAUUUGUGGUCAAUGACCAUAAAGAAAAGGUUCAAACCAAGAGAAAGGGUUUCAAAGGAUCCACCGUUAAUAUGUCCAUUGGUGGUGGGGCCACCGAUGCUUUGGAUUUGGCUACCAACGCUGGUUCUAAAGCCGGUUUACAUAUUGCCGUUGCUGCUGGUAAUGACGAUUCCGAUGCUUGUGAAUACUCUCCAGCUAGAGCCAACGGUCCAAUCACCGUGGGGGCCUCUGAUAAUGCCGACAACAAGGCUUCUUUCUCCAACUGGGGCCGUUGUGUGGAUAUCUUUGCUCCUGGGGUGGAUAUCUUGUCUACUUUUGUCUGGUCUGAUACCGUCCAAAUGUCUGGUACCUCGAUGGCCUCUCCUCAUAUUGCCGGUUUGUUAUCCUACUUUUUAUCUUUAUACCCAGAUAUCAACUCGGAAUACGCCACCGGUGAAAGUGGCUUACUCGAUCCUCAAGCUUUGAAAUCUAAGGUUAUCAAGUACGCAACUAAAGGUGUCAUUCAAGGCCUCACUGACGGCCAAUCUCCAAAUCUUCUUGCCUUUAACGGUGCUGGUGGUAACUUGACUGAUUUCUGGUCUUUGUAAGCAAGUCAUCAGGUCAUGACUUGGGUUUUCUAUAUAAGUGUUUAGUUGUUUUAAAGAAUAAAUAAAUUUUGGCUAAUUGUGUCUAUAUAUUUGCAAUUCCGCACUGUAAAUUCCGU